AUGGAAAAUUUUGAAAUUGCACACGAUCAACAUUCCAUUGACAAAUCGAUCAGACCUUCAAAACUUAUACCAAUUGUUUGUAAUAGUAAAAUGUUCAACGAUUUUAAAGAAUUAAUUCCAAAAAAUAUCAUUGAUUUGUGGUCUAAAGCAGACAGGCUUGACUCAGUACAAAGGGAAUUAGUAAAUUGGGAGGAUGAAACAGUCAUAGCUGCACGUAAAUUCAACACAUUACGCUUGUCGAUUAAAGGUGCUUAUGUGAUUUUUUCUGAUAUGCAGAAGAAAACUUUAAAGGAAAGAUUGUCUUGUGUACCAAAAACAUUUAAUUUGAAUUUAACGGAUGAGGCUUAUAAGGAUUACAUUGUUGCAUUUGGGUUAAAAAUGAAAACUAUGCGUGAUGAAUGGGAUCCAGAUACGAAUGAAUACAAACGGUAUAACAGUCUAAAAAAAAUGGCAGAUGAUAUAAUAACAAGUCGUAGUUAUACAAAAAUUAAUAGCAAAAAUCUAAAGAUUUUGCAGGGUGUCGCUGGUUGUUGUAAGACCGCUUAUGUUGUUGAAAACUAUAAAUACAAUUCAGCUUAUGUUACAGCAUUCAAUCAAAAUCUAGUUGAGACGAUUGCAAAAUUGCGUUCGCGUUUUGACAAGAACAGUAAGGAUCAUGAGUAUAAUACUAGAACAUUUGAGAUGAUAACAAAUAUUGAGAAAAAGGGUGGUAUUUUCUACAUUGAUGAGGCAGGCGCUAUAGACUUUCUUUACAUAAUAGUUUAUUUAGCAUAUUUUGAAUAUGAUGAAUUUAUUCUUAUGGGUGAUCAAGAACAAACUGAUUCACCGUGUCUUCUUGGUGUCAAAAGUGAGGUUACCUUUAGAAAUGCAGUUAAUGAUGCAAUGAAGGGUGUUCGGUUAUAUACGUUUCGUAAUGGUGCUUCUCUUUCUUUAAUGAAUAAUAUUGUCUUGAAAUAUUGUCAAUUUUCGCUAGCGGACCAUAAUACCGAUAUUGUUUUACGAUCACCAAAUAUUUUACGCAAAGCCAAUGGAACUGGUAUAUGUUGUACAGCAGCAUUUGCUAUCAAUUAUGCUUCUUCUAUCGGUCAGAUUGUCACUGCUAAAGCAAGUCAGGGAACGACUUUAAAGACAUGUUCAAUUUAUGCAGCUGAUAAAAUGGAAUUAAAUUCUUUCAGUAAUUUCAGAAGUAAUAUUUUAGUUGCUUUUACACGUGUUUCACACGAUUUAGAUCUUUAUGUUGAUUUAAAAGCCAGUAGCGGAUUAUCAGCAAAUCUGAUUUCAUUUGUUAUCAGUUAUAGUGCAUUAGCUAGCAUUGAUAUUCAAGAUCAUGUUGAUGUCCUUGUGGAUCAGCAUACGAAUAGACCAACCAAUGUGGAUUUUCAGAAGAGUGCACUUAACACGUCGAAGUGA